AUGUCAUGUUACAUAGAAUACAUCAGCUCAAAGAGAGAAAAUCGGACCAUAGAACACAUUUUUGCAUUUUCAGUUUGCUCAAGUAAAGAUAUCAGAAAUAACGUGACCAACCUGCGUGCAUUGGAGAACUGCACCGUGAUCGAAGGCCACUUAAAGAUCCUGCUCAUGUUCACGACUAAAGCAGAGGACUUCCGAGGCGUGAGUUUCCCCAAGCUGACGGUAGUGACGGACUACCUCCUCCUGUUCCGCGUCUAUGGCAUGGAGAGCCUCAGCGACCUUUUUCCCAACCUCACUGUGGUGCGAGGCAAUAAUCUCUUCUUCAACUACGCCCUUGUACUGUUCGAGAUGCUGCAGCUGAAGGAGAUCGGCCUUCACAGCCUGAUGAACAUCACGCGUGGAGCUGUACGUGUGGAAAAAAACCCUGAACUCUGCUACCUCUCCACCCUCGAUUGGUCCAAGAUCCUUGACUCUGAUGAGGACAACUACAUCAUGGCCAAUAAGAACAGUCGAGAGUGUGGAGAUGUAUGCCCAGGCACGUUUCAGGGCAAAAGUACCUGCCAAUUUACCACCAUCAAUGAGGCCUACAACGAGCGCUGCUGGAACCAAAAGUACUGCCAGAGAAGUAUGUAUUCUUAAGUACUUUUUUAUUUCUGUUUACUUUAGUUUGGUGCACUUUGUAAUUUUUUGUUAUGUUGCGCUCACACCCAGCAGUGUAUGUGCAGAAUCACAUAAGAGCAAAAGUGCAUGCCAGUGCUUAUGAAUGUGCGCCAAGCACCAUGUUGAAUAAUGCAUUUUGUUUUCUCUAAGACUGAUAUGACUAAUCUCAUUUGAGUGUAUAUCCUUUUAAACAUAUAUAUUUAAAAAUAUAAAUAUUUAUACAAAGUUUUUUAAAAACUUUGUUUAAAAGUUUAUUUAUUAGCAAAACAAUCACUUAGAAUGUAGUUAUGCCCUAUGACGAAUCCCACUCAUUUAAAUUUUCUCCUUGUCAUCAAAAAACAUUUGAAAUCACUUACCCCAUUUUCACUGGUGUAUUAAGGUAAUAAUAUUUACAUUACCAUAGAGUCCUGAGAUGUUUUGAGAAGUGUGUGGAAAGUUGUCAGGGCUGUAUGUGUGUGUGUGUAAGAAUGUGUUGUGAACAUUGGCAGUACAUUCACUGGGUUCUUUUAGCAAGAGGCACAGUACACGCAAACCAUGCUAGAAGCAAUAAGUCAGGUGAUUAGCUGUUGUUAAGUAAUCCAAGUUUCUGUUUCAAAGCUUCAACCAUGUUCGAGUAUAUGACGCAAUAGCCCUGUGUGUGCGUGUGUGUGUGCGUGUGUGUGUGCGUGUGUGUGUGUGUGUGUGUGUGUGUGUGUGUGUGUGUGUGGAUGUUUGUGUGUUUUUACCUGACAGAAUCAGCUGGAGUGGCCAAUCAGACAAGCCUGACUGCAACGUUUGGUUGUAAAACUGCAAAUCCGUUAAAUUUGCAGUUCUGAUGAGUAGAGUUUGAGCAUAUGGAAGAAUUUUGCAUGGUGAUGCAAAGCCCUGAGCUCACAUAAUUAUGCAACACAUGGGGCACAUCAUGUAACUGUUCUUUAAAUGAGUAGUAUGGUUUCAUGUGUGUCUGGAGACAUGGUCCUCUUUAAAAAGAAAAUAAAUUACUCUCUUGUUAUUAGUGGUGUCUGCUAAGCAAAGCUUCACGAAUACUAUUGCUCAAACUUGGGGUUAAGGAUUUAAAAAAAAAAUCAAGUGAUUGGACUUGUGAUUUUCACUUUGUGGACGAAUAAACUGGCAAAAAUAUAAAAAACAUUGGUAUAUUUUCAUUAAAGUGAGAGACUAGUCUACCAACAAGUCAUUUUAGUCUUUCCUUAUCCAUUCCAGACAUCUAAUUAAUUUUCACAAAAUUAGAACCGAAAUCGAUUUGUUUAUUAUUAAAGGCUCUUAACAUGCUGAUUAAUAAAGAUAAAUUUAGAAGGGAAAAACGUUAUGGUCUAAAAGGUGCUUUGAAACCACGCUAACUCAUGCGGUGCUUCAUGUCUACA